AUGGCUCGCACUAAGCAGACCGCCAGAAAGAGCACGGGUGGCAAGGCGCCCCGCAAACAACUCGCCUCAAAGGCUGCUCGCAAGAGCGCUCCCAGCACUGGUGGCGUCAAGAAGCCUCACCGCUACAAGCCUGGUACCGUCGCUCUCCGUGAGAUUCGUCGCUACCAGAAGUCGACUGAGCUCCUCAUCCGCAAGCUCCCCUUCCAGCGUCUCGUCCGUGAGAUUGCCCAGGACUUCAAGUCGGAUCUCCGCUUCCAGUCAUCUGCCAUCGGUGCUCUCCAGGAGUCCGUUGAGGCCUACCUCGUCUCUCUCUUCGAGGACACCAACCUUUGCGCCAUCCACGCCAAGCGUGUCACCAUCCAGUCCAAGGACAUUCAGCUCGCCCGCCGUCUCCGUGUGCAGCUAUGUACGACGCUCGUUACGUAUCUGGCAGGCGAUCUGCUAGCCCAAGAGAUUGGAGGCGAAGACUAUGAUCCUAUACGAACUGUGCGAAUGCUCACGAUCGGGUCGAUAGCCAGCGUACCGGGAUACAAGUGGUUCCUCUGGCUUGGGAACAAUUUCAACUACAGUUCUAGGGCGGGGUCUAUUCUGGUCAAAGUAUGCGUGCAGCAAGCAGUGUUCACGCCGGUGUUUAACACCUACUUUUUCGGCAUGCAGGCUGUUUUGACGGGCGAGAGCCCGUCAGGUUGCAUCGAAAGAAUCAAGGCCGCCGUACCUGUCAGCAUGCUCAACUCGUUGAAGAUAUGGCCGGCGGUGACGGCGUUCAGUUUCGCGUUCAUCUCAGCGCAAUACAGGUUCAUGUUCUCGGGGAUAUUCGCCGUGUGCUGGCAGGCGUACUUGAGCUUCUUGAAUCGUAAAGAGGAAAAGAUCGAAAGAGUUGGGCAUCACACUGGAAGAGCACUGGCGCAGUUGAACGAGCGCAAGAAAGACUAG